AUGAGCAGCAAGAUCCCAUUGAAGACCAACAGACAUGCAGCUAAGGUGCCCUUCAACACCUUAACACUGGCAUCACCCACAGGGUUUUUCACCAAGGACACCGGCAUGCUUCAUUAUGAUGCAAUCUGGGCAGUAAGGCAUUUAAAUCAAAGGGGUUUCUCCCCCCCCCCACCCCCAGCUACUGUACUUGAAGUGAAGUGUGAUUCACUGUGAGUAAGGGCGAUCGAAGCAGUCCCUUUCAGUAAGGACAAUGCAUGCUGGGUGGUUAUUCGCUCCUCUGUGUUGCCUUGUCUUAAACAGGGGUCAGCAACCUUUUUCAGCUGUGGGCCGGUCCACCAUCCCUCAGACCAUGUGGUGGGCCGGACUAUAUUUUGAGGGGGGGGGAAUGAACAAAUUCCUAUGCCCCACCAAUAACCCAGAGAUGCCUUUUAAAUAAAAGGACACAUUCUACUCAUGUAAAAACACCAGACAGGCCCCACAAAUAACCCAGAGAUGCCUUUUAAAUAAAAGGACACAUUCUACUCAUGUAAAAACACGCUGAUUCCCGGACCAUCCGCGGGCCGGAUUGAGAAGGCGAUUGGGCCGCAUCCGGCCCCCGGGCCUUAAGUUGCCUACCCCUGGCUUAAGAGUUAAUGACAACGUUGUCAGCUCUGUUUUAUGGAGUCAAGCCACGUGGAUUUUUUUUACAAGCAUACUGUCAGGGAACUGCCAUCAGUGCCAGAGGGAGAGAGCAAAAUCCAGAGGGAUUCCAGAGAGCGUCCCAGGAUUGGGAGAGGCAGCCCAUCUUCUGGGGAAGAGAAACAGCGUAGCACCAGUGGAGAAGGGGGGCAGAUGGGGGAAGCGGCGAGGCGGUCCCAUGACUCCUUGCCGGGGACCAGCGGGGAGAGUAGGGGUCCUCCGCUGCCUAUGCCCUCCUUGCGCAGAAGGCUUUUGCGCAGAGAGAGUAGGAGGAGACUAGGCGUCAAAGAGCUUCUUUGCUGGAAGAAGUUUAAGAAACGCCCACUGACGGAUUCUGCCAGCAAUUGAGACAGCCACGGGUGACUGGCUGUCCGGACAGAAAAGGUUCACUCAGGCAACCCAGCCAGGUGUUUGCACCAGCUUACGCACGAGCAACCCCUAGAACCACUACACAUACGUAUAUGGGAUCAGGGGCAGGUAGCGUUUACGUAGAUUAGAAAUGAGUUCAUGGCUACAUCUGCAGACACGCAUCGCUCUUAGGCAGCUGCAUCUCAACUGUACUUCCUUUCAUUUCCCAGCGCAAAGAAACUUUUCUCUCUGUUUUCAUUACAGACUGAACCCUUCUCAGGGAGAAUUCCACACCGCUUAUCCUUGAACACAGAAUCCAGGUGGCCGUUGAAUUGCUCUGACCCUGGACAGUUGCCAGAAAGCCAUUUAAGGCUGCCAGAUGAAGCAGCAAAGGGCCUCUGGGAGAGGCUGCUGAAAAUGCCCUUUCCGCAAAUUAGCAGGAAAAGAGCAAGUAGCUUAGACCUCACCGACAUUCUUCUAAUAUCUGAAGAGUCUCCAGCAGCAUCUCCUGACUCUUGCAGCUGCUUUCCACUUUAGGCAUCAUUUGCAGAUCUCCUGGCAACUUCCUGACUCAAUCCAACUGAAAACCACCCCACCUGCCAGCAAUAUCUUUCUACUAACAGCAGCAGGGUUCAUAAUCUGUUGUUCAGUGGCUGCUCUCAGAGACAGCUUCCAGGGCAGCACUUGAGGGAUGAAAAGGUGGCACAAACUAAAAUAAAAAUAAAAAUUGGGAGGGGGGAAGAUAUUACUAAAUAAAGAACCAAUGCUAAAAAGUGA